AUGGUGGCCGCAACCAUGUUCUGGAUCCUGCUGAGUUGCGCCUCGACGCUGUACUUUGUGCUGAUGUGCAUGAAGCGCGGAGUGUUUGGCGCCCGGCUCCGCGGCAAGUCGCCCGAGAGGAAGAGCCUCAGGGGGCCCCUGUCCCUGCCGCUGAUCGGUAGCAUGUACAAGCUCGGGAGCCCCGAGGGGCCCUUCGCCGUGUUCACCGACUUGUCCCACAAAUACGGCCAGAUCUUUGAGAUGCAGCUCGGGGUCUCCAAGUGCGUGAUCGUCAGCAGCUACGCCCUCAUCAAAGAGGUCCUCAUAACCAAGGGCGGACACUUUGGCGGCCGACCCGAUUUCCUGAGAUUCCAUCAUCUGUUUGGCGGCGACCGCAACAACUCUCUGGCGUUGUGCGACUGGUCGGACCUGCAGCGCAAACGGCGCUCGAUCGCCCGGAGCUUCUGCUCGCCCCGCGGCGGCAGCUCCCAACAGGAGGAGAUAUCCCGCGUGGCCGUCGACGAGAUCGCCCAGAUGUUCGAGUACCUCGAGGACCCCCGGAACGCGGAGAUCCUCGCCGGCGAGCGCCCGGUCAAGCCGAUAGUUCUCGCGGCCGUGGCCAACAUGUUCACCAAGUACAUGUGCUCGACGCGCUUCGACUACUACCAGGACGAGGAGUUCAAGCACGUGACUCGCGCCUUCGACGACAUAUUCUGGGAUAUAAACCAGGGCUACGCCGUCGACUUCCUGCCGUGGCUGAAGGUCUUUUACAGCGGCCACCUUACCCGGCUGAGCGACUGGGCCAACGACAUCCGCGGCUUCAUCCUCAGGCGGAUCAUCGAGCCCCGGCGGGCCAGCCUUGACCUCGACACCGAGAUACCCCGCGAUUUUACCGACGCCCUGCUCUUCCACCUCCAGAGCACCCAGUCCGAGCUCUCCUGGCAGCACAUUCUCUUCGAGCUCGAGGACUUUCUCGGGGGCCACUCGGCCGUCGGCAACCUCGUCAUGAUGGUGCUGGCCAACGCGGUCAUCCACCCGGAGAUCCAGACGAGGAUCCAGGAGGAGUGCGACGCCGUCAUCAGGGGCAAGCUGGAGCGGGGCGUCGAGGUGGGCUCGUUGAUGGUGUCGCCGAGGGACAAACCCCAAUUGCCGUAUACCGAGUCGGUCAUCUGGGAGACCUUGAGGGUCUCGAGCUCGCCCAUCGUGCCCCACGUGGCCACCUGCGACACGGACAUCAGCGGCUACCCCGUCGCCAAGGACACCAUGGUCUUUCUGAACAAUUACUCGCUGAACCUGGGCGAGGAGUAUUGGGGGGCGGACGCGAGACAGUUCAAGCCCGAGCGGUUCCUCAAGCGGGAGGAGGGCGAGACGGUCGACCGAGUCUCCCGACCGGACUUUUUCAUGCCCUUCUCGACGGGCAAGAGGACCUGCAUUGGCCAAAAACUCGUCCAGGGCUUUGCUUUUGUCACAGUGACGAUGCUUCUCGCCAAGUACAACGUGAGCGCACCCCCCACGGUUGAUGUGACAAAGUCGAUACAGUCGAGCUGUCUGGCCCUGCCGCCCGACUGCUUCAACCUCAUCUUCACCAAGAGGAAGCUCCCGGUGUCGUCGUAG